AAAAAAAGUAAUGGAUCACACAAAAUCACUUAGGUCUCAGUUAAAAAAAAAAAAAAAAACAAACCUGUUAGUAUUCUGAAUGCGACCCCAAAUAAUAUAACAGGAAAAAAAGUUGAAAGUGAUCCCCAGAAAGUGGAGACAAUGAAAGGGAAAAAGAAAAACUGAGAGUGGAGUUAAGUUGACAGGUACUAUAGGAAGAGCAUAUCCAUUCACAGGUGAUAAAUUCCAGUCUCAAUUGCUGGGAUUUUGGUCAUGUCACUCAACCAUUGUGAGCUGAUGGCCUGAGCUGUGUGCAUAGUGUGAAUGAAGGUACUUUUAAUGUUGCACAGUGAGGAUCCAAUGUAUUUGUGUGUGAUCAUCUUUGGGAUGUGACCUAAUAGGAUUUUUAAGUGAUUGAUUCUGCCCAUUUUAGAUUUUUCUCUUUACCUGGGGAAAUAGAAAAUAACUUAGCAUCUGUUCUACUUAUGGAGAGAAGGGGAUAUAAAUAUAUGUGUGUGUGAGUAUGUAUUUGUGGUAUCUAUAUUCAUUUAAUUAUUGUUGGGGGGUUUUGUUAUUGUUCAGAAAGAGAGAUGAGACUUGAAAUGAAGGAACAUACUACAGAGCAAAGCCUUUCUGUGGUAGAAACUCACAAGCCAAGAUUCAUCAGUGAUGGUCCUUCUAAUUUCACUUGGAAAGAGAUCUGUGAUAAACCUGAGAAAAUCCACAUUGGAGAGAAAUCUUCUAAGCAUAAGCAAAGAGGAAAGACUUUCACAAAAAGUGGGGCUCUUACUAGACAGAAGAGUAUGCACACUGGAGAGAACCCUUAUGAAUGUAAUCAAUGUGGAAAGACUUUCAAAUAUAAGUACAAUCUUCCUGUACAUCAGAGAAUUCACACUGGAGAGAAACCUUAUGAAUGUAACCAAUGUGGAAAGACUUUUAGAUAUAAAGUACAUCUUACUGUACAUCAGAGAAUCCACACUGGAGAAAAACCUUAUGAAUGUAACCAAUGUGGAAAGGCUUUUACAAGUAGGACAGCUCUUACUAGACAUCAGAGAAUCCACACUGGGUUGAAACCUUAUAAAUGUAAGCAAUGUGGAAAGGCUUUUACAGAAAGGGGAGCUCUUACUAAACAUCACAGUGUCCACACUGGGUUGAAACCUCAUAAAUGUAACCAAUGUGGAAAGGCCUUCACAAAAAGGGCGGCUCUCACUAGACAUAAGAUUAUGCACACUGGAGAGAAACCUUAUGAAUGUAAACAAUGUGGAAAAGCUUUUACAUGGAAGAGUAAGUUGAUUGGACAUCAGAGAAUCCAUACUGGAGAGAAACCUUAUGAAUGUAACCAAUGUGGAAAAGCUUUUACAGAAAGGAGAGCUCUUACUCUACAUCAGAGAAUCCACACUGGAGAAAAACCUUAUAAAUGCAACCAGUGUGGAAAAGCUUUUACAGAAAGGAAAAGUCUGACUGUGCAUCAAAGAAUCCACACUGGAGAGAAACCUUAUAAGUGUAACCAGUGUCAAAAGGCUUUUAGAACAAGUGCAGGUCUUACUGUACAUCAAAAAAUCCACACUGGAGAGAAACCUUAUGAAUGUAACCAAUGUGGAAAGGCUUUUACAAAAAGGGAAUCUCUUACUGUACAUCAAAGAAUCCACACUGGAGAGAAACCUCAUAAAUGCAACCAAUGUGGAAAAGCAUUUAUACAUAGGGGACAUCUUACUAUACAUCAGAGAAUCCACACUGGAGAAAAACCUUAUGAAUGUAACCAAUGUGGAAAAGCUUUUACACAAAGGGGAGCUCUUACUGUGCAUCAGAGAAUCCACACUGGAGAGAAACCUUAUGAAUGUAACCAAUGUGGAAAGGCUUUUACACAAAAGGAAAGCCUUAUUAUACAUCAGAGAAUUCACACUGGAGAGAAACCUUAUAAAUGCAACCAGUGUGGAAAAGCUUUUACAGAAAGGGGAACUCUUACUGUACAUCAUAGGAUCCACACUGGAGAAAAACGUUAUAAAAGUAACCAAUAUUGAAAGGAUUUUUUAUAAAAAUCUUAUUUGUUUUUGCCAGAUCUGGGAUGAAAUUUAAUAAUGUAAUAAAAUAAGGAAGAUAACGAAUUAGGGAGAGAACAUUGAGAGAAGAUAUUGUGCUGCUGAUGCCUUCCAUACUUAGCCUUCUCUUGGUAUAAUCCUAUAGAGACAGUAAGGAAAGGGAAAAUUAAAGAUAUCUAGGGAUAGUAGAGAGCUUCUUAGGCACAUUGGAGCCUUCCUUUUCAUCUGGUCACCUACUUGAAAGGCAUGCUGGUGGAUUGGAAAGAUCACUGUAUUUGGAGUCAAGUGACAUGGGUUGAAAUUCUGGUUCUCUGCCUCUAUGGCCUUGGGAAAGUAAUUUAACAGUGCAUUCAGGUUAGAGUUCAGGUUUCUUCCAGCACUAAAUCAUAUUAAAAGACAAAAAGCAGUUUGAAGGUGAACCCUACUGUUCAAUGCCACUUAUUGCUGUGUUUUCCGCUUCAGUUUGGGUCAGUAAUUCAGGUGACUUCACUAAGACUUCUAGGUAUGAAGGCAGUUUGAAUAUUAGCAAGAUAUGAGGAAUUCUGGACCUAGCUCUUUUUUGAAUUAGGAAACUUGCACAUUAGUCCUAAAUGAAAGACUCUGCACAGCUUGUGAAAUGGGUUGUUUGCCAUAUUUAUUUAGGCAGAAAAUAUGUUUCCUUAAGAUGCUUUUUAAGAAUGAAAGAUUUAUAUCCAUCAGAUUGACAGUGAUGACCGGAAAAGCUGAAUAUAGUGUUGGAGGGCUGUAGAAUUAAAGGCACAGCAAUACAAUGUAUGUAGCUAUCAAUUGAGCCAACUAUUCUGAAAAGCUGUUUGGUAUUAGGAUUUGUUGAAAGGUGAUCAAAUGCCCAUAUUUACUGAUACCUAGAUCCUGCUGCAAGGCAUAAAGUCCAAGGAAGUAAGGGGGGGAAAGAGGUUCUAGGUAUGCUAAAGUAUUCUUUGCAGUGACUUUUUUAAUUUUAGUGUUUUCUUUUGGUAGCCAAAAAACAUAUAGAUGUAAAAAAAGAACAAAAAUAGUAGCUCUAUAGUUGUAGAAUGUCUAAACAAAUUGUGAUAAUGAACAUAUUGAAGUAUUUUGCCAAAAGAGAAAGUGGAUAGAAAGAAUUCAGAGGUGCAUGGGGAUAUGUAAAUGAAUGGAGAGCAAGACCAUGAGAAACUACAUAUCUGUUGAUUUCUCAAAUACUCAGAAAGCCUGGUCAAUGAACUCUUCAAUUUGAAAUCCCAUCUGACCAUGUAGAUGAAUGUCUGUAUCCAUUCUGUAAUUCUCACCUAGAAUCACACAAAUUCUCAGAGGAUCCGUCCAAUAUGAUGGAGUCCUUCCUUACUUUCUCCUACCAUCUGAAGGGCACUUGUCCAGUGCUCUACAAUUCUUUCAUAUGAAGUUUGAGCAAUGUCAAUUAUCCUCAACAGAGGACACCAAGAAAUUUCAGAAAAUCCUUUGAUAAGCAUAUGACUCCCUUGACAAUUGGAAAAGCUACUGCCAAAGAUGAUACCAAAUAGACAAUAAAUUAGCUUGUAAAAUCUAUUAAUGUUAUGAUCUAUUUUGUGCUGACAAAGGGAAAACACAACUCUGGGACCCUACAAUACUUUAGGCAGAAAUGGGGGCCAUCACCAUUGGGCUCAGAUGAUUCUGAAGGAUGGAGGGAGGAUGAUGAUUUUGCCCAGAUCUGUCUCACUAAAAUCCAAGUCACUUGCAAAUCAAGACUUGACCCACUCAUGUCAUCAGUGCCCUUUGAGAACAAAAGACCAACAAAACCAAUUUCAUGGAAGAUGCUCAUGAGUUCAAAAGUUCAGUUAUCCCAUCAAUCACUUUUACUGGAAGAGAAACCCUGAGCUAAGUUAGAAGUGCAGCAUUUUCAUAAAACACUCAAAUUCAAAAGGAAUGGUUCUCAUUACUCCCUAUAAAACAUUUCAUGUCAAGGAAUUUGUUAUCUUUUAUAUGUGUAGCUAUUCUGAUUCAGCUCGGGAACAUCCAUUGUUCUCAGUACUCGUCAAGAUGACUCCACUCCUGCAAAUAUUAUCUAUAGAUAUUUUUGUACAGUUAGAGGAAAUUUGUUAUCAGUCAGUUAUUUCUGUGAGAACCAGGUGGAAGGUAUCAACAUUUCCACAAUGAAAAGAGGGACUAUUGCCCGCUCCCCUUUCAGACAUUCAAUGAAUCAUGGUCAGAGUUUCACAGUUUAAGGCUUUCUUUUAAACUCAGUUCUCUGAAACCUAAUUCCACGAAAGGGGAAAGGGGACACUAUGGUCUAUUGUCCAGGACCAAACAGGAAUGGAAGAAAAUAAAUAAGUGUUUGUUUUUUACUCCUGAUGUGUAUUUUCCAUGUGCUUUCUUUAUAAUGCAUAAUAAAAGGGAGUCUAAUAGCUAAUAAAAAAAUUAAAAAAAAAAAAAAAACAGAAGAGGCCAGAUAGUAGGAAAUAGUUAUGUCCUAAAAACUUAGAAAAGAGAGAAUCCUGGAGGAGAGAUCAAUAGUGUGAAAUGCUGGAGAACAGGCAAGAAAAAUGGGAAUUGAGGACAGGAGCUCCUUAGAUUUGAAAAGAGAAGACCCCCCUUGGGAAUGGGGGAGGAAGAUGGAAAGAUUGAAAAGGUGCCGAACAGAGGCCAGAUUUUGGAGGUAGGAAGGGGUUCCACUGGGGAAUAUUCUUAGAUGAAGUAAGGGACUUCACCCCGAGGCUUAGGGGUUUUGUACCCAAAAAGCCAGAAUUGAGAUUUCUAGGAGAAUGUGGAAGAAAGGUAAAGAAACAAGAAAGGGUAAAUAUCAGGUGUCAAUGCUCCCAGCUAUGGAGCAAUCAAUGUUCUCCCUGACAGCUGCUGUGAUACACAGUAUUCUGAAAGGAAGGCACCAUGGGAAAGGGGAAUCUCUGAGGUUGGCCUAAAGCCAAUGGCAGAAAGUAUCUAGAGGGCAGAACUCAGAAGGAAUACCUUGGAGGCUUCUGAUUAUGUGAAGUGUACAGGCGAAAGAGAAAGACCAGAGGAGUAGGGGGCUAUGACCCAGAGAAUGAGCAUGUGGGUAAAACAGAAAGGGAAGAUGUACAAUAACAAGAAGGAGAGCAAUCUUCCUU